GAUCCUGAUGCCCAACGUUGUCGCUCGUUACAUAGUGAUCAUCCCGGUCGACUGAACUUAGGAUACGAACUCUACAGUGUGCAUAUCGGACACCCAAAAUCUCACCCAGACAAUGGAGUGGCCUGGCGAUAGCCCACCACCACGCAAAAGAGCGCGGGUAGGACGAUACGAAUGGCGAUGCGAUGCUUGUACCCGCUUGUUUUCCCAACAAGCGCUACAGGAUCUGAACUCAUCUUCUGGCUUUGUUCAUAAAACCCGAAAGGGUAUCUGGUUUCCAAAUCACUGUGACAUGUGCAGGUUCAUUUUUGAUGUUGGUUUGAAUGAAUUCGGAGCGCAUCUCUGGAAGGAGGAUGGACUCCUACGUUUCUGGAACUUAAAAUUGAAUCCAGGAGACGAAAGCUCGUAUAUCAACGCCUUGGUUGGUCGAGUGAAUGGUAUUAAUGGACGUAUCCUGCUCUAUCCAUUUGUGAAAGAAGAUGAUCCCCUCUCCACCUUGAUUAGACGGCGGCCACUUCACAGAGAUGUUUCGAGCCCAGAAGUUUAUUCAUCAGCCAAAUUGCUGAUAGAGGCUUGUAUGAGAACAGAUGCACCGGACAAGGGCCAUCAAAAGUGCCGAUACUCGAGAGAUAUCGUCCUUCCUACGCGCGUAAUAAAAGUCAGCGAUCAGACUGCACAGCUACAAAUCAAUCAGACAGAAACUCGAGGAUCUUAUCUCGCCCUGAGCUACUGCUGGGGUGAACCAGACCCGAACAAGCAAAGUCGGCUAUCAGAACUUCGCUUGAACAACGAGCAAGAUCUAGUGCAAGAAAUCAAACUUGAAGAGCUGGAACAGUCUGUACAAGACGCAAUACGCGCGACGCGAGAGCUAGGAUUUACUUAUCUCUGGGUGGAUAGACUGUGCAUCAUUCAAGACUGUCCAGAAGACAAGAGAAGAGAAAUUGUCAAGAUGGCGAUGAUAUAUAAGAACGCUGCAAUCACGCUGGCUGCCGGGACUGCCAAAAACGCAUCUGAAGGAUUCUUGGGAAGCUUGCCUCUCAAGAAUCCUACGUAUCUGCCGCACGAGGAGUUUGAGAUACCGAUGAGGGAUGGGCGUACUGGGACUAUCCAUCUGUCCGAAAAGCCAUAUCAGCCCCACCAUCCUCUUGAUAAAAGGGGGUGGACGCUUCAGGAGUAUAUGCUGUCGUCCCGCAUGCUCAUCUUCUCAAACUACCAACUCCUAUGGCAGUGCCAGGAAACUGAACUACAGAGCGUCACGGGAGAUAAUGAGGGUAUAGUAUACCAGCAGUGUCUUGAGUCAUUGCCGUGGACUUCUUUCGAUGAGACGGGUGAGCCGUCCUUCGGAACACAUGAUUCAGAGAAACUCUAUCUCUGGCAGACCAUCUUAUCUCAGUAUACGGAGAGGCAACUGAAAGACCCCGAAGAUAGACUACCAGCGGUCACGGGUAUCACAACCGAGUUACAAAAGGUCUGGCGAGACUCUCAUAUUUACGGUCACUGGGAACGAUGGUUUAUUCAACUUCUGGCAUGGUGUAAGCCAAAUAAAGCAAGAACCCGUGAAAGACACACCAAGAGGGCUCCCAGUUGGUCUUGGGUUUCAGUCGAUGGCACUAUUGGAUUCCCAGCCACGAUGGACAUUGAGGACGCCGAGAUCGAGAUUCUCACUGCAGCCAAGGUCAGGCUAUACUGCCGGAUACUCCGGUUUGACGAUGUAAGCCCUUCCAAGCGGAACAGGCUGUCUAUAAUGCUGGAUCUUGUGAAGUCAGCGUCAAAAGUUGAAUUCGCAGGGAGAAAGUACGACUAUCUUCUCCUGGGCAAGUUCACUGGCUAUAGUAAUUGUGAACCCGGUAUUGCUCUGAUGGUACUCAAAACGGCUAGUGGAAGUUAUAGAAGGGUCGGCUUAGCCUUGUUUAAAGAUAUGGCAGUCUGGACUGAUGUCGAGUACCAGAGUGUUGAUCUUGAGCCGAAGGAAAAGUAGGCCAGCUUUUCAAGUAUGUUGUAUCUACCCGGUGUUCCUGACUUGGGUUCAAUCACCUGCGGUAAGGUUAGGGUUUUAAAAGAGGUUUCAGCCUCCAGGCUACAAAGGUAAAGGACACCAAUAAACAUAUACGGGCAAAAUACUCGUCGCCCUCACAAUCGCCUAGGAUCUUGCUUUUGGCUGGGGUCCAAUUACCAACGCCCCGUUUUUCAUCGGAGUUUAUACUGCAGAAAACGUAAGAAAAUCUGA